AUGGGAAAAGAAGAAGAAUACCAAGAAAGGGAAUCAAACGUCGAAACAGAUGAAGAAGAAGAAGAUGAUGAUGAUGAUGAUGAAGGGGAAGAGAAAUGGAGAAUGCACUACUCAUCGAGGCAUAGGAUAUUGCUGGUGGGAGAAGGAGACUUCUCCUUCUCUCUUUCUUUAGCCACCCAUUUUGGAUCUGCCCGCAACAUGGUAGCCACUUCUCUCGAUUCCCAGGAGGAGAUUGAUAGCAAGUACAGUAAUGCAAUAGGGAAUGUGAGGGAGCUUGAAGAAAGGGGAUGCAUAGUGAUUUACGGAGUGGACGCCAAGCAAAUGAGUCAACACUUCUUCCUCAGCACUCAGAGGUUUGACAGGAUUGUCUACAACUUUCCUCAUGUUGGCUUUCUCUUCCGGGAGGAUAGCUACUGCCAGAUCCAGUUGAACAAGAGGUUGGUGAAGGGUUUCCUGCAGAAUGCUAAACUUCUGCUGAGAAAAGAUGGUGGAGAGAUUCAUAUAACCCACAAGGAAGGUCAUCCUUACAACAAAUGGGAUUUAGUGAGGAAAGCACACAACAUAGGGCUGCUUCUCACUCAAACUCUGCCCUUCCGCAAAGACGACUAUCCCGGUUACGACAACAAGAGAGCUCAUGGUACCCUUUCCGAUGCCUCUUUCCACCUUGGCGAUUGCACUACUUACAAGUUCAGGCUGCCUCCUUGUUAA